UAAGUAAACUUGUCUGCAAAGAGGACAUCGAUUCUUUUUCGCGCUUGCUUAAAUGUGGGGUUCCAAACCUUAAAUCCUCAAAUCUCAUGCUUCGGAAUCGGCUGCAAUUCUAUCCGAUUGAGUUUGCAACUCCAUUAAUGAUUCAACCUCACACGGACAGUACACUAACCAUCACAAUAGUCAACUUUCCAGCUUCCCUUCUCCGAUCCAUCCCUUUCAUCCCAGCUCACACAUACCCAAGAUGACUAACCACGUCACCGCCAUCUCAGCCCCAGGCAAAGUCUUCCUAGCAGGAGGAUACCUAGUGUUAGAUCGUGAAUAUACCGCGUUGGUAUUUGGUCUUAGUGCGCGUGUUCACGUGUUGGUUCAGGAUAUCGAUACGACAUCUGGUGUUCAACUAUCCGAGAUUAUAGUCAAGAGUCCGCAAUUCCGUGAGGCGACUUGGAAUUAUGGUUAUCAUUUGACAAAGGAUGAUGGUGGCAUUGAAGUUACCCAGUUACAAGGGUGAGAUAUAAACACGUUUAUUUGCUGUGUUUCGAAGACAUACCUUUUUUCUCCUUUUGUUUCUCGCUUCUACUUAUUUCCCCCGUUCACCUUCCUGUGUAGAUCAUCUCGUUGUCACGUGUGAUUUUAUAUUCAUAUCAUCUUGAUCAAAUAAUCUAGCCCCUAACAUGCAUCUUUACUCAUUCCAUAUCCAUCUAGCUCUCCAUCGGCUACAGCUUCACGAAAUCCCUUCGUAGAAACAGCACUCCUCUACGCCCUAACCUAUAUAUCCUCGGUUCUCCCCACUCAAACCAUCAAACCAACAUCCAUCACUAUCCUAGCAGACAAAGAUUACUAUUCCAAUCCCUCCAGCACCCCCAUCGCCAGAGACGCACACCAUCAAUUUCUCGAUUUCGGCGUCCGCCUCCAAGAUGCCCAUAAAACCGGUCUCGGUUCCUCCGCCGCCCUAGUAACUGCCUUCACCGGCGCAAUUCUCUCCCACUACCUUCCCCCUUCCAUCUUCUCCCUCCAAACCCAAGAAGGGCACUCUCAACUCCACAACCUAGCCCAAGCAGCUCACUGCGCAGCUCAAGGAAAAGUAGGCUCAGGCUUCGACAUCGCCACCGCCGUCUACGGCACCUCCCUCUACCGACGUUUCUCCCCCUCAAUCCUCACCUCCCUCGGCGAACCCACCACCCCCGGAUUCUCCAACCGCCUCAAAUCCACCAUCCAAAACACCUCUCCCCAAAAAUGGGACACCCAAAUCGAAAAAGGCAAAAUCACCAUCCCCACAGGCAUGGCCCUCGUAAUGUGCGACGUAGACUGCGGAUCCCAAACCGUGGGAAUGGUAAAGCAGGUUCUCAACUGGCGCCAACAAAACCCAACAACCUCGCAAACCCUCUGGAACGAACUCCAAACCCGCAACGAAAAACUCGCCACCAUCCUCUCCUCAGGCGAUCUCUCCCACGCCCCAGAAGCCUUCUCUUCUAUCCGUGAAAAAAUAAGAGAAAUGGGUUCCCUAUCAAAUGUCCCCAUCGAACCACCAGAACAAACUAAACUCCUCGAUGAAGUUACGGCGCAGGUGGACGGGGUUAUAGGGGGUGUGGUACCUGGUGCGGGUGGGUAUGAUGCGAUUGUUUUAUUGGUGAGGGAUGAUACUGAGACGAUGGAUGCGCUGAGGAAGUUUUUGAAGGGUUGGGGAAAAGUGAAGUUGUUGGAUGUGAAGGGGGAGAUGGAUGGGGUGAGGGUGGAGGAUGGGGGGUUGUAUGGGAGGGUUUUUCGUUAGUGGGGAAAGGGGUAGAUUGGUUGGUUGGUUGGUUGGUUGGUAACGAGGUAGGGAGAGAAGGAGGGAGCAAGAAAAAAAGAGUUGUUAUUGAUAAUAUCGUCUUUCAUUUAUUUAUCUAUCUAUCUAUCUCAAUUAAUAAAAGUUA